GGGUUGAGGGACCCGGCUGCCUGUCGCUCUCCUGCAGGGGGACCCUCGGCUACUCAGCCAGCUGGCGCCCACGUAGAUGGCGAGGAGUCCCCAAGGCCUCCUGAUGCUGCUGCUGCUGCACUACUUGAUGGUCGCCCUGGACUAUCAUAAGGCAAAUGGAUUUUCUGCAUCAAAAGACCACCAUCAAGAAGUUACAGUAAUAGAGUACCAAGAGGCUAUUUUAGCUUGUAAAACCCCAAAGAAGACCACCUCCUCCAGAUUAGAGUGGAAGAAAUUAGGACACGGUGUCUCCUUGGUCUAUUAUCAACAAGCUCUCCAAGGUGACUUUAAAGACCGUGCUGAGAUGAUAGAUUUCAACAUACGGAUCAAAAAUGUUACAAGAAGUGAUGCUGGAAAGUACCGUUGUGAAGUCAGUGCUCCAUCUGAGCAAGGCCAGAAUCUGCAGGAAGAUACAGUCACCCUACAAGUACUGGUGGCUCCUGCGGUUCCUUCGUGUGAAGUACCUACUUCUGUUAUGAGUGGAAGCGUUGUAGAGCUACGAUGUCAAGAUAAAGAAGGCAACCCAGCUCCUGAGUACAUAUGGUUUAAAGAUGGCACAAGUUUGCUAGGGAAUCCAAAACGUGGCACACACAACAACAGCUCAUAUACAAUGAAUACAAAAUCUGGAAUUCUGCAAUUUAACAUGAUUUCCAAGAUGGACAGUGGAGAAUAUUACUGUGAAGCCCGUAACUCUGUCGGAUACCGCAGGUGUCCUGGGAAACGAAUGCAAGUAGAUGUUCUCAACAUAAGUGGCAUCAUAGCAGCUGUUGUAGUUGUGGCCUUCGUGAUUUCCGUAUGUGGCCUUAGUAUAUGCUACGCUCAGAGAAAAGGCUACUUUACAAAAGAAACUUCAUUCCAGAAGGGUAGUCCUGCAUCUAAAGCCGCUACAGUGAGCGAAAAUGAUUUCAAGCACACAAAAUCCUUUAUAAUUUAAAAGAAUUCCACUUUGGGGAUGCACCAAAACCACAGCUGUCACACAAGUUAUUAAAAUAUUAUAAAAGUCUGCUUUGUUUUACAUUUGCAAAGAGAUGAAUAAGGAAAUGAGCAUGAUUCAUCAUAAUGUUAUGGCCUCUAACCCACAUGAAAUUGAGGUUUUAAGCAAAAUGCUCUUGCUAUCACCUAAAAUACAAUCUGGCACCUCGUGUCUGAACUAAAGAGAAGUGAAAUAUGUUAGCAGUCUGAGUUUAGUAUCCUCAGUUUCUGAGAGUUGCAGUGUCACACCGACCA